AUGUUGAAGGCAAUUUCUUUGGCUUUGUACGACAACCCAAAGGUCAACUCCAAGUUUGGAUCCCCUGAUGCAAAUCCUCCCAGCUACACGAUCUAUGGCAGCCACAACAUCUCAGUUGCUGUUGACACACCUGGUGGCUUGAUGGUGCCCAAUAUCAAGGAUGUAGGUGGCAAGAACGUGCUGGAGAUACAGCAGGAAUUAAUGCGGGUGGCUACUGCAGCUCAACAGGGCAAGCUCGCCCUCAACGAUAUCCAG